UCCCCACUACAAGGUUAAAUAUAUACAAGAGAUCCUCUACUUUUGAAAACAGUCUGAUAUGAAUGUCGAAAAUGUUAAGGUUUUUUAUUGUAUUGUUGUUAAUUUCUGUGACGUUAAGUGAGUUUACCUUUGAACCCGUUAUAUUAGCUCAUAAACCGAAAGGAUUUACAACUUAUAUAGAAGGAAAUGAUCUUGAAGAUGUUAAAGAGUUUCGAUUUCUCGGUCGAUUGAAUAAUGGAAGAUCUAUAAUUAUUUGGGCAACUAAAUUGGAUUCAAAUGGACGGUGGUCAUCUCAUAAUAGAAAUUUAAAAUUAAAUAUAGGCGAUGAAAUUAGCUUUGAAGUUACUGUUUGGAAAAAGGAUAAAACUGAGUAUUCUCAAAAUGCUGUAUCAACUAUUUUAUAUUAUACUCCUUUAAAUGGAGAAUGUUUAGAAACACAAACCUUAACCCCUGGAUUAGAAAAGAAACAUUGUGGUAGUGAUUUAUUGUUUGAGGAUGAUUUUGUUAAUGAAAAUUUAAAUUCGAGCGUUUGGAAUAUUGAACAAUACAUUCCACAAUAUACUGAAGAUAAUUAUGAAUUUGUUUCUUAUCAAGAUUCAAACGAUUGUAAAUUUAUUUCAAAUUCAAGAUUAUUCAUAAAACCAACUGUACGUGCUCCAGAAGAAAUGGACAACAUUUUAGAUUUAAGACAAGGAUGUACAAAAUCAUUACCUGAAUCUUGUUAUCAUCAACCAAUUGGACCUUACAUCAACCCACCGAUAAAAUCAACCAAAAUAUUUUCAAAAUUUGCAUUUAAAUACGGAAGAAUCGAAAUAGGAGCAAAAUUACCAGUUGGAGAUUGGAUUUAUCCACAAGUAGAAUUAGUUCCAAAUCACGUUUCGCGUAAAUAUCCAAAAAUUGUUAUCGCUUAUUCAAGAGGAAACCCACAAUUAACAUUAAAAAAUGGCGACGAUAUCGGAAAUAACAUACUUUAUGGAGGCUUCGUAUCUGAUUAUAAAGAACCAGAAAGAAGCGCUGGGUUAAAAAGUAAAGUAUUAUCCGAACCAAAUAAAGAAAUAAAAAAAUAUUCGGUUGUUUGGACCCCGGAUAUGUUACUUUUUGCGUACGACAAUGAAGUUUAUGGUCGCAUUAAAAUUGCACAUAAAGAAUUAAGCGAUUAUCGAAUAGCUUUCGGUGUAGGAGUCGGGGGAAAUUUCGAUUUUCCCAACGAAGUAAAAUCCGGAAAUAAGAAGAAACCUUGGUUAAAUAACGACUCCAAACAAGCAAAAAAGUUUUUGAAUGCAAAAGAUGAAUGGUUUUCUACUUGGAUUGAAAAUGAUGUUGCUUUGCAAAUCGAUUAUGUACGCGUUUACGCUCUAUGAGUUUUAUAUUUUCCUUUAAAUCGAUUAUUUGAUAAAAAAUAAAUAUGUAUAUAAAUA